UCGGUUAAUCUGUUCAAAUAUUGUGUUAUUGUUCGGUCCAAAAGCUUUGAUUUCUUUAACAUACGAGUUGAACAUCAUCAUAAUUACAAAAACAGUAUUUUUUAUUGUUUAGGAUUUUUUUAAUGCUCGUUAUUUUGUUAGAAUUAUUUUUAACCAUGUUCAAUAAAAUAAAAGGAAAUUACGGGGAGAGGUUACCUCCCCUUUUUCUUAUUUUGCCCGCCCAGAUUAUUUGUCCCGACCGCCCAUGAGAAAAUGAGUUACGACUUGUACACAUAGUUCUUUCCUUGAGACGCACCGUGGCUUGCCAACGAGCGAAGCAUCGCAGUUGUUCAGUGUUUGGAUGUACAAAUGAACACAAAAGUCUAUAUUUUGUUCAUUCAUCCGAGCCUCUGAAGAACCAGUGGGUUAAUUUUAUUGUCUCUGGAAAUGCGCCGGUCUGAGCCAGACGACUGCUUCCUCAACUUGGGCCAAUACAGAGCUGGACUUGCUUAAUGUCUGAGAAUGAAGUCUGGAUUAGUACCAACUCUCCACGGCUCAGCUACACACCUCGAAAAAGCCAGCUCAUCAAGUGCUUACAUUCAGCAGCUUCUCUCAAGGGAUGUUGCCUGCCAGACAGACCACCUGGAAACACGUACUGUAGGCACACAGCUAUCCUUAAAGACUUUGCAGCCCCAUUUUAAAAGUGAAGAAGACUGCGAUGCCUUUGGAGACCGUAGCACUCAGCGCAACGGCACCUCAGAGAGUCUGGGUGUGGACGCCCCUGGCUCCUCCCUCAUGUCCAGCCACAGCGAGGAACUGAAGAUUCUGAGCGUCUACGGAAAAGGGGAGGGCCCUUUGGCGACGGACGGCCAUCACACCCUCUUCACCGCGUCAGAAGUGAAGUCCCUGAAUUCGCUGUCUGCGGACCACAGCGUGGCCAAGAGCCUGGAGCCCGGCGAGCGGCUGGUCUGCCGCGAGGAGCUGAGUGUGCAGCAGACACCAGACACCAUUUCAAUCAAGGUUGAAGAGGAUAUUGGUGGAGGCAUGCCCGCCGUAGAAGACAAUGACAGCAGAGACAGCAGCACGCAGCGCGGCGCCACCUCGGAGAGUCUGCGUGUGGACGCCCCUGGCUCCUCGCACAUGUCUAGUCACAGCGGGGAGCUGCGCAUCCUGAGCGUCUACGGACAAGGGGAGGGCCCACUGGCGGUGGACGGCCAUGACACCCUCUUUGCCGCGUCAGAACCGGAGGCCUUGAGCUCGCUGUCCCCUGACCACAGCGUGGCCAAGAGCCUGAACUGCAGCGUGCGGCUGGUCCGCCUUGAGGAGCUGACUGGGCAUCAGGGCGGCCGCAAGGGCCGGCCCAGUGUCUUGUGUAGCAAGGUUAUUCCCAACAAUGCCAAUAUGAUCGUCCACAUGAGGACUCACUCCGGCGAGAAGCCCUACAAGUGUGACCAUCGCAUGAAGCGCUUCAGUCACAAAGGCAACCUGAAUAAACACGUAAUGACUCACUCUGGGGAGAAGCCCUACAAGUGUGACCAAUGCAAGGAGCGCUUCAGUCGGACAGGCACCCUGAAGAUCCACCUGAGGACUCACUCCGGGGAGAAGCCCUACAAGUGUGACCAAUGCACGAAGCGCUUCAGUCGGACAAGCCACCUGAAGAUCCACCUGAGGACUCACUCCGGCGAGAAGCCCUACAAGUGUGACCAAUGCACGAAGCGCUUCAGUCAGAAUAACAUCCUGAAGAACCACAUGAGGACUCACUCCGGGGAGAAGCCCUACAAGUGUGACCAAUGCACGAAGCGCUUCCGUCGGACAAGCUGCCUGAAGAGCCACAUGAAGACUCACUCCGGUGAGAAGCCCUACAAGUGUGACCAAUGCACGAAGGGCUUCAGUCAGACAAGCAACCUGAAGAUCCACCUGAGGACUCACUCCGGUGAGAAGCCCUACAAGUGUGACCAAUGCACGAAGCGCUUCAGUCAGUCAGGCCACCUGAAGAUCCACAUUAGGACUCACUCUGGGGAGAAGCCCUACGUGUGUCUGCAGUGCAACGCCAGCUACAGCGACCCACGCAGUUUGCGUGUGCACAUGCUCAAGCACCGUUUGGAACGGGGUAACGGGACGCUUUGAUUGAGACCUCUGUCUUACAUUGGUUUAAAUUACUGCUUUUAGUUUUUCUUUUCAUCACGAUUAAACGCUUUCAACUUUUGAUUUGCUUUCUGUUUUUAUUAAUAAUCGAUGUCUGUGUUGAAUAACUUAUUUCUAGGACACUUCUGACAGCAAAAUAUUUGAUUUAAUGUAGAGCUUGAUCAGGGGAAGAUACAGGCAGCAAAGUUACCAAGCAUACAGUCAAUGAGACGAUGGGUGUACAUGAUUCUUAUAGGAAAUGUUGACAUCGUGGGUAUAUACAAAGGAAACAAAGGUCAGGGGGAGGGGCCUUCGUGGAGUGUAGGAUUGGCCAGAUGAGAGACCAAGUUAAAUUGCAAUUCACAAUAUGGAUGAAGUGUACAUGGCUGCAAGACGGUUAAAGGAAUCUACACAACAAAGAAGUCUGGAUUGGCCUCAUUAUCAAACUAGGUGGCCACACUUGCAAAUGCAAACUAUCUUAGCACCUUUCUAUUAGAGAGGGCAGGAGGUAUCUCUAGGUCCAUGGAGAAUGCAUAGAAAUUCAUUGAAAUUGACAAAUUAUUCAAACAGGGUUCAUAUAAUUUUUAUAUUAAAGUUCUGCUUGAUAUUGCCACAACAUUGUCAUUAUCGCUAUCUUUGUUAUUACAAAAAAACGCAUAGUAAACUUGUGAAAUAGACAGAGAGAUAGAUAGAGAGAUUGUACCCCACACCAUACAUGAUUGUGUUCAUUUCACUUACCUUUCCAUUCUGUGUGCUUAGAAGUAGAAUCUUUAUUUGUCAUUGGGUUAAAUACAGUGUAUUUACACAACGAAAUUAAGGUGCAGAUCUUGUUCAGUGCUUUUUAAAAAUAAAUAAAUAAAUAGAAUACAGUACGAAAUAUUAAUAAAUAUAUAACAACAAUAACCCCUCCCCCUGCCUUCCACUUAAGGCUCAUUUAAGUGUCCUACACCCUCCCCUCCCUCCCAGACAACAACCAACAACCCCUUCUGCCCACAUAUAUCUAAAUAGCAGCAGGUCCAGGAAGGUAAGCAUAAUGAGGAAUGUCCAGAGGUAGUGGUGAUCGUUCAUGUGGUUGUCUAUGUAUUGCACAGGGGUUAAUGUUUGUUUGGUGUACGUAUGGCCCAGGGGAAGAAGCUGUUGGUUAGUCUGGUGGUGCGUGAUUUCAUUGAACUGUAUCGCCUGCCAGAGGGAAGCAGAUCGAACAGGUGGUGAGCAGGGUGUGCAGCGUCUUUUAGAAUGGAUCUGGUCCUGUUUCGGCAGCGGGCGCUGGCCAGCUCUUCCAGGGAGGGCAGUGGGCAGCCUGUGAUCUUCUGAGCUGUGCCUAUGACCCUCUGAAGUGCCGUCCUUUCUGCCGCCGAACUCCCAGCAUAACAUGCUGUGAUGCAGUAAGUGAGCACACUUUCAAUGGUUGACCGGUAGAAGGAUACCAGCAGCUUUUGUUCAAGAUGUUUUUUUCUGAGAAUUCUCAGAAAGUGUAGUCGCUGCUGGGCCUUCUAUUUUAUUGCCGUUGUGUUUGUGGACCAAGAAAGCUGCUGAGAGAUGUAUGUUCCCAGGAACUUGCAGGACGGAGCCCUCUCCACGCAAUCCCCGUUGAUGUGCAGGGGGGCAUGGGCUGGGCUUUGUCGUCUAAAGGCUAUGAUGAUUUCCUUAGUUUUGGAUGUGUUUAGUUGGAGGUUAUUUGCUGAACCCCAUGCUGACAGCUGCUGG